AUGGGUGCCUGCACUUCAAAGGUUGGCGCCACCGACGCCGCCGCCGCACCCGUCAAGGACCCCGUUCUGGCGGAGGUGCAGGCAGCUGGCGCCCUCGCCGCCAAGGUUGCCGCUGUCCUAGAUGCCGCCCCAAGCGCCAACGCUGAAGUCGAGGCCCAUGCUGCUGCCGAGCCUGCCGCCGCUGUGGUUCCCGUGGAGACAGUUGGCGAGGUGGCUGAGACCGCCGUGCCUGCUGAGGCCCCCGCUGCUGAGGAGCCCGCUCCGGUCGUGGCAGCCCCUGCUGCCCAGGAGCCCGCUGCGGCCGAGCAGCCUGCAGAGGCACCCAAGGGGGAGGAGGGGGCGCAGGCGUGA